UGCGCGUGUGUGUGUUCGUAUAAUUGAAAAUAGACAGAAAGACCACGAUUUUAAAACGGAAAAGAGAAGAAAAAAGUGAAAAUACAGAACUACAAAAUAACGAGGAAAAGACAGAAAAAGAAAACAAGGAAGAAAAAGAAAACAAUGAUGAAGAAAAUGAGAUGAAAAAAGAAAAAAAAGAAAAGAAAAAUGGAAGGCAGAAGCUCUUGACGAAAAAUGAAAAAUAACCCAAAAAAUUAAUACCGGAAAAGAAAAGAAAAAAAGAAAAGCGAAGAAAAGACAUUAGAAAAGACAAAGAAAGGAGAGAAAAACAAGAUGAAAAACAACAUCAACAAGAGCAGUAGUAGUAGCAGUAGUAGUAGUAGUAGUAGUAGUAGCAGAAGAAGAAUUGAUGGAGGAGGUGGAGGAGGUGGAGGAGGAGGAGGUGGAGGGAGGAGAGAUUCUUUCCUCCCUUCUCCAGAUUCCCUCCAGCAGUAUGAAGAUGGAGAAGGAAUUGGAGGAGGAGGAGGAGGAGGAGGAGGAGUUGGAGGAAAUCUCUUUAAUAGAAGGUCCGUGAUGGGGUUCAGCGCGGCCCUGCAGGGCGAGGAGAGCCACGCGGCGCUGCUGGGGCGGCAGGACGCGGAGCUGCGGCUGCUGGACACCAUGCGGCGCGUGUUGGUGGCGCGGGCGAAGUGUGACCGGGAGUACGCCGCGGCGCUGGCCCAGCUGGCCCACACGGCGGCCAAGAUGGACGCCCCCGACCCCCUGCUGGACGACUCGCGCCUGCACAAGGCAUGGCACGUAAUGGUCGGUGGUUUGGAACAGUGGAGUACCGUGGUUAGACAGAACGCGGAUACACUGGUUGUAGACACGGUGGAGAAGCUCGCUGCCCUCAUCACGGAGAAGAGAGCGUCGAGGAAGGUUUACUACGAAGAACAUCAGAGGAUUAGUAACGAGGUGACGAGGCUGCAGGAGGCGGUGAACAAGGCCAAGACAAGUUACGAACAGACCCUCGAGUUGUACAAGUCCUCCAAGACGAAAUACGAGGACCAGUUUCUUAAGCAUAAGCCCGGGCGUAAACUGGACGAACUGAAGGAGCGUUACCAGAAGGCGUGUCGAAAGCUCCACCAGGUCCACAACGAAUAUGUGUUGUUGCUUUGCGAGGCGGCGGACUACGAGCGGGAUUUUAGGACGGUGCUUCUGCCUGGCCUGCUGGAGUACCAAGAGAGGGUGCAGGAGGACAUGAUUGAUAAGUGGCGGGGCAUCCUACGGGAGGUAUGGGAGCUCACGGACACCUCCAGGGGGCGGUACAGUGAGCUACAGACGGAGGUGGGAUCGGCCGUCACCGCCAUUACGCCCAGGACGGAGUACGCGGGCUUCUCCGAGGAAAACAGGAGUUCCCCGCCGGAGCCUGUGACCUUCGAAUUUUGCCAGGACCUUUUGGGGGACGGCGUGGGGUGCUUGCAGGCAGGUCAGCUGGCCGUGGACUCCCUCACCGUGGACUCCCUAAGACUCAAACUGACGGACAUUGAACACAGGCUGAAGGAGGUGACCACGGAGCUACGAGACAAACAGAACCUCCUCAACCAGCACGAGACGGAGGUGGCCAACAUCAAAAAGGGUGUUGCUGGUGGUGGUGUUGGAGGUGGUGGUGGUGGUGUGUUGCAGGAUUCGCCUUCGGCCCAUAUUGCUACGAGGCUCCCCGUGCUGAAGCGAGCGAGCGACGUGCUGCACCGCGAACUGAACGAACUGCGCUGCAAGGAAUCGUGGCUCACACACCAGCACCGGCUAAUCCACGACCCCCUGGCGGCGAAGGGCUGCGAGGAGGAGCCGCAACAGCCCUGGGAGGCGGGGCACGUCAACGGGGACUCGACCAACAAGUCCAAAUCUCUUCUCUCCCUCAACUUCGUGCACCAGCGGGACAGCCUCACCCUCAAGUCAAAAUCCGCGGCCAUCAAGGAAUUGCUGAGAAAGCCGUUCAGUCGGGGGAAGGCCAGCGACUCCCCCGCCUCCACGCCCCCCACCCCCAGCAGGGCAGGCACGGAGGAGCCCACCUUGCCCCCCAGCCACGUCCCCCCCGACCAGCACUCCCUCAGCGACCUCCCCCUCUCCCCUGACUCCGCCUCCACCCAAGCCGAGCACCUCCAGGCCGCUCCACCCACCACGAAUGUGUCUUUUGGUGGUGGUGGUGUUGUUGUUGGUGGUGCGGUUAAUGGGAUACCUGAGCUGACCUAUGACCCUGACCGGUGCUUGGAGGAUGAGCCUUGGUUCCACGGGGUUCUGCCGCGGGAGGAGGUGGUACGCCUGCUGGUGGAGGAGGGACAGUACCUCGUCAGGGAGACCACGAGGAACGACGAGCAGCAAAUCGUUCUCUCGGUGUGCUGGGGGUCGCAUAAACACUUCAUUGUACAGACCACGCCGGAGGGCCACUACAGGUUCGAGGGCCCGGCCUUCCCCACCAUCCAGGAGCUCAUCCUGCACCAGCACCAGUGCGGCCUGCCCGUCACCAACAAGUCCGGCGCCAUCCUACGCACGCCCAUCUUCAGGGAGCGAUGGGAGCUGAACAACGACGACGUGGAGCUCAGGGAGAAGAUAGGACGGGGCAACUUCGGGGACGUGUACAAGGCUCGGUUACGGGACUCGGGGCUCGAAGUGGCGGUCAAGACGUGCCGAGUGACCUUGCCGGACGAGCAGAAGAAGAAGUUCCUGCAGGAGGGUCGUAUCUUGAAGCAGUAUGACCAUCCCAACAUCGUGCGAUUCAUCGGGAUUUGCGUCCAGAAGCAACCCAUUAUGAUCGUUAUGGAGCUGGUGCCGGGUGGAUCGCUCCUCAGCUUCGUACGCAACCACAAGGGGCAGCUGACGGUCAAACAGAUGAUGGGCAUGUGCUUGGACACCGCCUCGGGCAUGGCCUACCUCGAGUCCAAGAACUGCAUCCAUCGAGACCUGGCGGCGCGAAACUGCUUAGUGGGUCACCGUAACAGCGUCAAGAUCUCAGACUUCGGCAUGUCCCGGGAGGAGGAGGAGUACUACGUGAGCGACGGGAUGAAGCAGAUACCCAUCAAGUGGACGGCCCCCGAGGCACUGAACUUCGGUAAAUACACUUCGCUCUGUGACGUGUGGAGCUACGGGGUGCUAUGCUGGGAGAUCUUCUCGUCCGGGGAGGUGCCUUACCACGGCUACUCCAACACUAAGGCGCGCGAGAUGAUUGACACAGGUUACAGGAUGCAGGCUCCCGUCAACACCCCGGACACCAUGUACCAACUGAUGCUUAAGUGUUGGCAGUAUGAACCCGACAACAGACCACACUUCCCCGAGAUCUACAAUACGGUACACGACAUCUACCUGAGUCUAUAGCACUUGGAGAACCACUAGCACUUGGAACUUGUGUGGAGGGAGUUAGAACCUGUGGAAAGGCUAUCAGAACCUGUGUGGAGACUUAGAACCUGUGAAAAGACUCUGAGAACCCAUGAAGACUCUUUGAACGUAUGGAAAGACUUGGAAGGUGAGGGAAGGGUCUUAGGUGUGAAAAGGGUCUUAAAACGUGGGAAAAGGGUCUAAAAAUGUGUGGAAAGACUUAGAAGCUGUGAAAAGAGUCUUAAAACGUGGGAAAAGGGUCUAAAAAUGUGUGGAAAGACUUAGAAGCUGUGAAAAGAGUCUUAAAACGUGGGAAAAGUCUUAGAACGUGUGUGGAAAGACUCUUAGUAAAUGUGGAAGCUGUUCAAAGCAAAGUGUUUCAAAUAGUCCAUGGGAGAGAAGAAAGGGAGAGUCUAUAACACAUCUGGGAUCGUAAGCACCUGUCUGAAGGCAAUUAGCACCUGUGAGGAGGCUGUUAGCACCUGAAGGAAACUAUGGAACUCGACCAGCACCAAAACAAGCACCAAAAAGACGAAGAGGUAGAUGGAAGAAUAUAAAAGAAAUGACUACAAUAGCACCUGUGUGGAGACUAUUAACACCUGAGAACUGAAGAGGAGGAGGAGAAAGUUAAAGGUGUGUAGGAAUGAAAAUACAGAUAAGAUAUAAAAGGAGGCCUAUAUCACUCUUAGGCCACAUUUAUCACCUGAGUGUAAGAACUGAUAGUAUACCUGUGUGAAGAAAUUUAAGACCUGUGUGCAAAGAAGAUAGAGGCGAAGGAAUUGAAGGAAGAGGAAGGAUGUCGAAUGGGAAGUAAGCGAUAAAUGUGAUAAAAAGUAUGUGAUGAAAUAUGAUAAUGGCGAAAGGUGAAGAAGAUGAAGGAAGUAGAUAUUAGUAGAAGGAAAGAAAAACGAUGAUGAAGUAUAUGGAGAAGGCGAGGAAAUUGAAGGAAGAGGAAGGCUGUCGAAAAGGAAGCAUGUGAUAUUGGUUAAAGGGGAAGAAGGAAGAGAAAUAAUUAACAGGAAAGAAAGGGAAGGAGGAGGAAGGGUGCAGAGAAAGAAAUGUACGUCAUGGCAAAUAGUGAAAACCAAGGAAGUGAAAAAUGAAUAAUAGAAAAAAACCACGAUGAUGAAGAAGGAGAAUAAGGAAAAGUAUAAAAAAAGGAAGUGUACGAUCAUGGUAAAAAGUAAAAAAGAUAAAGAAAGUGAAAUAUGAACAGAAGAAGAGAAAUAUAGGAGGAAGGAAAGGUCAGGUAAAGGUGAGGAAAGAGGGGGAGAGAAAGGGUGUGAGUGGGAGGGAAAGAGAUUAAAAGAGAGAGGUAGGGAGGGUCAGGUAAAGGUGAGGAAAGAGGGGGAGAGAAAGGGUGUGAGUGGGAGGGAAAGAGAUUAAGGGAGGAAGAGUGAGGAAAAGAAAUUAGCCAUAUAAUAUCGAUCUUAGUGAAAUGUUAAAAAGGUAAAGGAAGUGAAAUAUGGAUGCCAGAAGAGAGAUAUAUAGAAGUAAGCAUACCAGUGCCACAUCUUAUCACCCAGUGCCAGACAUGGAAACAAAGAGUGCCAAGGAAGGGUAUAAUCUAAGAGAGGAAAAAUAUAUACUGGAAAUGAAAGAAAAUGAGACAAGAGAGGAAAACUAAUGAAACUGUAAUAUAAAUAAGGAAAAUGAAGAUAAGUAAA